AUGUCGCGCUCGCCGACCCCCCAACCUGCAAAAACGACGGUGGAUCGGCAAUCCACUACGCCUUUCCUGCUGAACUUUUGCUACCGAUCCUCCGCCUUUCACAGCCUGACCGACUUCCCUAUCCCGACCCCUUCAAACCCACAUCCUCACCUACCUGCCCAUCUGCAAAUCUACACGUGGAUGAGCUGUACUUUGAGAGAACUCGCGCUCCUGUUAACGCAGGCCCUGCCGCAAAUUUUACCCGACCCGGCCGUGGGGACGAGGUUGAGCUUCAGACUGGUCUACCCGGACGUCCACGCCAGUCGAGGUGGUGGCGGGAGACUAGAAAGCGAAGGGAGAGGAAGAUACUUGAGCAAAGAGAUAGGCAGUGUGGUGGUCUCAGCGCCAGAAUAUUCCAAUGGUGGUGGUGACGGGCGUCGCGGUGGCGGCAGCGCUGUCCAGCUUGAGGGAGAUGAUGCAGACAAGACGCUGGAAGAUGCACGGUUCGUCAUAGGAGACUUUAUCGAUUGUGCCGUCUUUCCUCCACUGAGCGAUGGCACCGUGGUGUCUCGGGGAAGCGUCAGCGGCAGAGGAGGCUCCAGAGAGAAUGGCUACGGAAGAGGCAUAUACCAAGCGGUGAGUGGAGGCGAGGAGAACGGCUUCCUGACUCUGGUGGCUACCGAGGCGGAAGGGGUGCUAGGAGAGGCUAUUGAAGCUGAAACCAGUCUUCAACCAGAAGGAUAUUGA